AUGCACCUCGCAUCCUCGCAAUCACAGAAGUAUGCCGUCGCAGCCACCGUCCACCACAACCUUGAGGAAGUCCAAAGCCUCUUUGACAGGAUCGAAGUUCCUGCUUUGCAGGUGGCUGAGGGCGUAGAGCUCCUCCGGGCCACCGGGUGUGCGUUCUACAAAGCCCUUGCCCCGCUCCGCCCACCCGGCAAAAAGAUCCUCAAGCCCUUUGCACCGCUUGUCAUUACACGAGGGGAAGGCAACCAAUUGCCUGACCCGAUCGCCCUCACCAAAGACAAGAGAGAACACUUUGCAGCCCUUGAAGCUGGGGAGGAAACUACCCUGGCCGAACUGUUCAGCGGAGCACCUGCACAGCCCGCGUUGGACUGCACUUUUGACUUGCGGGAGCUGCCGACCCUCACGCAAAUUGAACACCUUGUCCGCUCCAUCCAACUCGGCAAAGCACCAGGGCCAAGCUCCGUGCCUGGGUGGGUGUGGAAGUCCAACACGACCAAAGCGGCAAGGGCCUUGCUGCCGCUUUUCCUCAAAGCGCAUGUUCGCUUGACCGAACCCAUCCAGUCCAAGGCGACCGACCUCAUAAGCCUUUUUAAAGGCAAAGGCAGUGCCAGGGAUUGGUGCAACCAUCGCGCCAUCUGCCUUCUGGAAGAGCCAGGUAAGCUUCUAAGGAAAGCCUCGCGGGCGGCCCUUCUUGACGCGCUGCAGGCUAAGGAGCUUCACCAAGGAGGAAUGCCCGGGUCGCUGCUGCCAUCUGGACACCACCUCUUGAGAACCUUCUUCGCCACAGCCAGAGCCCAGCGAUCAGCGCACGCCGCGCUCUUCUUCGAUGUCACUUCCGCGUACUACCGCGUCAUACGCGAGUGCUUCUUCAAGGCCCCUGACUGCGAUGAGGCUUUCCUCACCGUCCUCCGCCGUCUCGAAGUACCGGCUGAAUAUUUCCAUGAAGUCGUGUGUUGGGCACGGGGUGCAGCUCUUCUUGAACGCAUGUCCCCACACGGGCAACGUGUCAUCAAGACUUUCAUGUCGAACACGCACUGCAAGAUGAGAGGAGAUGGGGUUUACGUUGGCACACAUGCAGGGGUGCGGCCCGGCGACACAAUCGCCGACGUCCUUUUCGCUUUUGUCCAAGCUGACCUGGUCAAGGCAAUUGAACAAGCUGCCGCGCGGGAAGGCCUGCUCGAGUGCCCCGUCCGGGAAGCUGCCUCGCUCCCCCUAUCCCUUCUUUGCCCAACAUGGGCCGACGACUCAGCCAUCCUCCUGGCUGAUCGGUCGUCCGAACGGCUCCUGCAACGGGCCAGGUGCCUUUUCCAAAUUGCGCACAGGGAAAUGAUGCGACGCGCUAAGGCCCCGAACUACAAGGCCGGCAAAACAGAGGCGGUUGUCCACCUCAGCGGCAAGGGCAAACGGGAGCUUGCCAGGGAGCUUUUCGUCCGGCAACAAAGCAGGCUUCACUUCACGGUGGGGCAACACACUUUUACUGUCGGGUGUGUGCCUGGCUACUCGCACCUCGGAGGGAGGGUUACGGUCAAAGGCAAUGCCAUUGCCGACUUGAGGCAAAAACUUGCAUCGGCCUUCGCAGCCGCCAGGCCCCUGGCUAGGACCGUGCUGCGGAACAAGCACUUGCCCAUCGCGCAACGGCGCCAGCUGUUGAACGGGCUCUCCCUGUCCCGGAUAACUCAUACUGCUGCAACUUGGCCUAGGCUGGGGGUUGAGGAGAGUGCCCUCUGGUCAGCGGGUUACUCGAAGCUUGUCCGACUCCUGACAAGCGACGAUAGAUGGACGGGAGCCCCAUCGCUACCUGGCCCGCAGGAGUUAUGCCGCUAUACCGGCAUGCCCCUUCCGGACUCGUUCCUCCGUUGCGAACGGCUGCACCACUUUGCCCGCUGCCUAACGCAUCAGCAGGAGACCCUGCUUGCAAUGCUGCAAGCCGAGAGACAAGUGAGUGCAGGCACCUCGUGGCUCGAACAGCUGGGCAAGGACCUCCAGUGGCUCUCUGCCGGAACCGAGCUCCCAGCCAUUGCCUCGCUUAACUUCCCCGAGGGCCUACAGGCUUUCAUUUUGGAAUGCCCUACCAGGUUUCACAGACUGGUGCGCAAAGCCGCUUGGGCGGAACUACGGCAGCCGCCAACGAAAGCAUCGGCAUCAAACCCCGACGCCGCGCCCCACACCUGCCCCCUUUGCGGCGAUGCCUUUGCGUCCUUCCAAGCCCUCAGGGCCCACCGCUUCGCUGUGCACCAUCUGCGGUCUGACGCGGCAGCCGUCGUUGACGGCACCAGCUGUCCCUGCUGCUUGACCGAAUUCUGGUCAAGGGACAGAGUUCUGAGGCAUGUCCAACACGAUCGCCCCGCUUGUCUGGAGGCCCUAUGGACACACGGGAUGUUCGUGAACCCUUUGACACAGGUGCAUGGAGAGCCGGGCCAAACCGCGCACUACCCUGCUACACGUCUCGCGGGACCCCUUUUGCCCCUCACUACGCAGUCGCCAGCCGAUGCCGUUGAUGCGGCCGUGCAACUGCUUGCAGAGGAACCUGGCCUGUCUCACGAGGACCUCAGGCAAGCCCUGGAUGCCUUUUACUUUUCCCCUGCGGUCACUGACUGCGUCGCUCUGCUGGCCAAUGAGCCUGCCAUCGACCUGACGGGGACGUAG